AUGACGCAUUCAGGUGGAAAUCCUGCUAUGUUAUAUAUGCACAAGGCAAAAACGCUUUUACAAUUCUAUUUAGAUAAGGUAACACCACAUGUAAAAGAAAGAUGGGUUGCCUUAGCCGUUUUGAACUGUGUUUUCACAUGCCGUAUCCUAUUUAGUCAAGGUUGGUAUGUUGUUUGUUACGCAUUAAACAUCUACCUUUUAAGUCAAUUCCUUGCAUUUUUGACACCGAAGUUCGACAUGUCAUUACAGCAAGAUGAAGAGAAUAAAGAAUUAGAAGCUGGCGAAAGGGCAGAGGAAUUUCGUCCAUUUAUUAGAAGACUUCCUGAAUUUAAGUUCUGGUAUAACUCUAUGAGGGCAACAUUAAUGGCUUUAGUGGCUUCAAUUUUCACCAUUUUUGAUAUUCCUGUAUUUUGGCCAAUUCUACUGAUGUAUUUCAUAAUUUUGUUCUUAUUGACUAUGAGAAGACAAAUUCAACAUAUGGUGAAGUAUAAGUAUAUUCCACUUGAUAUUGGCAAAAGAAAGUACGGAAGUUCAGCAAAAUAA